AACGGGGAAAAAAAUUGUUUACUAAAACUCGCGGCCUCGCCGUGUACUCCGUGAAUUACGUGCCGUGUCGGAAUUGUGAACAUUAAUCGAGUACAUUGUGAUUGCGGAUAAAAAAAGAGACCUCUCAUUAGUCACGCAUCCCGAACACAGUGAUAAAGGUUUUCUGGAAAUCGGCCACUGUUGGGUGGUUAGUUUUGUUGAGGAAUGGGACGGAGAAGUCGUUCGAUGGCGCAGCAGCUGCUCUUGCUGCUAUCGCUGGCGGCCUUCCUGCUGGUGACGGUGGUGCACUCGGAAACCGUGGAAGCUGAAGCUAAGGAAGCGAUUGCCGGUGGCACCGAGGACGGAGACAAUCAGAACAUUUUGACCACCGGGUUGCGCUUGGAACAUGAGCUCGUCAGAGAGCAAGCCGAUGCACCAUCUACAGUCAAUGGAAGCAGCGAGGGAGGCAUCGUGGCCAUACACGUCGAUGCCGUUGGAGCAAAGGAGCAACUAAGGCCGAACCUUCGCGGAUUGGCCUACAUCGCGACGAGCUUCCUGCCGCGCGGUUACACCUUCCUCGACGUGGUAUCGGCCACUCGGGAGGUGGUAGCGGGCGUACGGUAUGAACUGAUUGCCCAUGCCCAGGAUGAAACCAACGAACAGCAGUACUGCCGGCUGGUGGUGCUAGAGAAACCCUGGAUCACGACGGUGUACGGCGAAAAGUAUCGUACGCUCGAGUACACCAACUGCACGGCGAACGGUGGUGAAGGCAUAGAACCGACCUUGGGGCCGGUAACCACCCAGUUGAACCCGGUGUUCGAUGCAGAUGCACGUCAAAGCGAACCGCUCACACCAGAACGCAUCGAAGCGAUGGAGCAACAAAUUAUUAUUGGCCUUUUACCCUCACCGGAUUCGUCAUCGACGACGACGACGACAACGGAGGAGGACAGAGGUCAGAGUGAGGACAGUACGUCACAGACCACUAGCGAGACGGAGACGGAGAAGGAUGUUGGGUUGAGCGAUGCGGCCAAGAGUGCCAUCGAUGAGCUAUUCGCUGCUGCAGCGGCUCCCAGGAGGGACAGUUUUGCAUCACCGACGACUACCAGUGAACCGAUCGGUCGGGAGCCGGUCACAGAAGAAACGAUCGUACCGGUGAGGGUGAGCCCGGUUUAUGAGGAAGUGGCGUCACCAUCCUCUACCAUAGCACCGCUGGAUCAGCAAAUUCAAUCAACCUUCGAUGAGGUGUUCCGCACGCACCAAGAAAUCCAAAAGGCCCUAGAUGAGGUCACGCAAAAUGGUGGAGGACGGGAGGUACAGAUCAAGUAUCGGCCCGUUUUCGAUUCGCUGCUACAGAAGGUGAAGGCUAGCAUCGAUAGUUACUACCGCACGACGAACGGUGGUGAUGCUAACGUCGAUACGGCCGCUUUUGUCGUGCGCGAUAACAGUCCGGCCCAGGGUCGUCCCAUUUCGACGCCACGAUCGAUUGUGCAACCGGACGUGAGCCGUUCGUCGGAGGAGAGUGACGAGGGACAGCAGCAGCAGCGCCAGCAGCAGCAACGCGUUCCGCCAUCGCCUGGUCAGCAGCCUCUGCAUGUGUAUCCGUUCAUUGCGGACGAAGAGGACGAGGAUGGUGAGAACGGUCAACAGAUUCUGACAAAGGAGCAGCUGAGCGAGGCACUGAACGCGGACGAUUCAUUGCAGCGUGUCAAGCGUGGUCUGUUCUCCUCCUCAGAGGAACACUAUAAACGAUUGCUCGGUCUGCCCUAUAAUCCGGCUGCUUUGUUCUCCUCCGAAUCGGACGAAUACAAGCGGCGAUACAGGCUCAGUGCGCUCAAGCGACUACAGGCACAGUAUCCGGAACUAGCUAGCAAACAUAGGGAACCAACGGAUGGGGAGUUGCUCGCGGCAUUACAGAGAAAGUAUCCACAUUUGGUUGCGGUGAAUCCUUCCAAAGCGGCCGAUCCGGUACCGAAGCGUCCAGCAGAGGGGCCACUUGACAAUGAGCAGCAAUUGGAAAUCUCGAUAUUACAAAAAUUACAGAAAAAAUAUCCGCAUGUGCGUGCCAAGCGAAGCCAAGCCCCGACGGCUGAUCAACCAAAGGUUGCCGCUACAGUACAGUCUACCAGUGACAAACAGGAGAGUCAUUCAGAAGUACCUAAUGCUUUAUUACCCCAAGAAGUUGCUAAGUCUGUGCCAUCCACAAACAAAGAUGACAAGCCCGAAUUGCCAAAGAAUGAAGAAGAUUCCGUAGCAUCCGAUGAGUCGCCGGAGGACAUUGGCGAUGAUGAGAAGUUGACAAAGGAGGAGCUGACGAAGCGGCUAAACGCAGACGAUGGACUGAAACGAGGCAAACGUGGUUAUUCUUCGUCCUACGAUCACUCCAGUAGUUAUUAUGGAGGCCAUCAUGGAGGUCACUAUGGAGGUCACUAUGGAGGCUAUUACGGUGGACACUACGGUGGGCACUACGGUCCACAAUACCCGUACAAUCCGUAUUAUCCCGCAUAUCACCGAGGUAAGCGAAGCGCUCCGGUUGAGGAUCUUCCAAAGGAUGCCAAUGCAGAAAAGAAGGCGAACGUAGAAGAGAAACACGUAGAGUCUAAUCCGGAAGUACCGGCUGUACCGGUGCCCCAGGAAGCUGAUAAGACCACUCGGACAGCUAAGGAGAACGAUCAGCAGGCACCGAAAAUUGAAGGCGUAACGAUGAUGUUCGGCGAGUCGCAGGAGCAAGACAUUGACGAUAAGCAAUUGACAAAGGAAGAGUUGACGAAGCGGUUGAACGAAGACGAUGGUCUGAAACGGGAUAAACGUGGGUAUUCUUCGUCCUACGAUCACUCGGGUGGCUAUUAUGAUGGUCAUUAUGGGGGCCAUUAUGGGGGCCAUUUUGGAGGUCAUCAUGGAGGGUAUUAUGGAGGAUACGGAGGAUAUGGCGGUUACGGAGGAUACUAUGGUGGUUACGGUUAUGGGCCGUUCCGAGGCAAACGUGACGCUCCGACCGUCGAAAAGAAUCUGAUUAACCUGGAUGAUCCGAGCCAAGAGUCGGCUAUUAAAGCGAUCGCCCUCGAGGCUAUCAAUCGGUUGGACCAGAUGGACAUGGAUCGGUACCAGCGAAUGCUGCUGGAGGUGCUAUCGGCUCGCAGAGUGUCCGAGAGUACCGACAAACUGCGCACCUCGUACGUACUCGACGUGUUGACCGCGAACUCACGCUGUGCGGAAGAGGAGAGCAAACCUGCCGAGUCCUGCCGUACGCUGUUGAUGCCCAACACUACGAAACACUGUACCCUGGAGGUACAUGUGUCUAGGGCCAUCAAGGAAGAAUCGAAACAGGUAAAACUAAUCAAAUCCAAAUGUCAAAAACAGGACGACAGCCAUGCCCAUAAGCUGGAGCGCCGCGACACUUCACCGAAGAAGGUGAACAAGAUUCCGAAAACGGGCGCCGCUGAGCAGCUGACACCGGAGGAGUAUGGCAACGAGGCGCAUCAGAAGCGUAUCCGCGAGGCGCUGAAACAAAUGGCCCAGUUGGCCGACGCUAACGGAAGCGAGCGUAAGGUGACUGUGGUCAGUGCGACCCAAUCGGUCGUCUCCGGUAUUUCCUACAACUAUCGACUGACCUUUGCCGACGACGAAGAGAAGCGCGUAUGCGUUCUGAAUGUGUGGGAGAGGGCCUGGCUGAAGGACAAAGAUGAAGCGGUUAAGGUAAAGUUCGACUGUCCAUCGCCGAGCGAGAAGAAGCGUGCUAAGCGCAGCGUUUGUGCCGGUUGCCCUGCUGGUUUAUCGACGGAAGAAUUAGGAAAGCCGGAGCAUCAGGAACGUAUUAACAAGAUACUGUCAUUCCACGGCUAUACUCGCGAUAGUGACUUCAAGGUACUUAGUGCUUCGGAGCAAGUGGUAGCCGGUCUCAAGUACACGUACACUGUGCAGCACAACGGAAAACGGUGCGAGUUGGGUUCGUGGGAGCGAGCAUGGUUGGAGGCAUCGCAGCCGGAAGAAGCCUACAAGUACAGCUACAGCUGCUCGGAUGCCUCACGUCGUCGUCGUCGUCGUUCGGCCAUUCCCGGCAGUGUCCGUGCGCUCACGGACGAUGAGCUGGUUAACAGCGAGCACGUACAGCGCGUGGACAAGAUUCUGGUAGCAAACGCUGGAUCGGUGGACUCCUCUAAAUCACGAAUUGUUAGCGGCACCGUGCAGACGGUGCAGGGUAAGCUGUACAAGUACGCCGUCGAGUUCGAGUUGAGCGGUGGUAUCCCGAAGGUGUGCAAGUUGUCAGCCUGGGAGCGGCCCUGGCUGGAGAAGAGUAACCCAACGGAAGCAUACCAUUACACCGUUCGGUGUCCAACCGAGCAGGAGCACCAGCAUGAUCGCAAACGGCGUCACGCAAAGAAGGUUGGCAGUGCGAACGAGCUGACGGCCGAGGAGCUUAAAAAUCAGGCACACCAUGAUCGCAUCAAGGCUGGUCUCGUGGCGUACAAUGCAGAACGAUCAAAGAGCUAUACUGACUUUGAAAUAUUGGCCGGUUCGAUGCAACAGACGGUUGGUUCACUCUACAAGUAUUCCUUCCGUGUAACUACCGAGCCGGAUGUUGUGUGCAAAAUCUCGAUUUGGGAACGCGUUUGGUUGGAAACACAGGAGCAGCGAAAGUACAUCGUGCGGUGUACUGGCGAUGACCUCACGGAGACAACGGAACAGCAACCGGAAACGCGAAAACGCUCCGUACGGUCACUCAAGAUCGACGACGAAGCGUACGUGCGGCGUCAGUUUGAAAAGUUCAAGCUGCAUCACCAGCGUCAGUACGCCAGCUCGUUCGAACACGAGAUGCGCUAUAACAUCUUCCGCAACAAUCUGUACAAGAUCGAUCAGCUGAAUCGACACGAGCGUGGUACCGGCAAGUACGGUGUGACCAAGUUUGCCGACAUGACGACAGCCGAGUAUCGGGCGCAUACGGGGCUAAUCGUGCCGAAGCAGCACAGCAACCACAUCCGGAACCCCAUCGCAACGGUUUCCACGGAGCGUACGAGCCUACCGACCUCCUUCGAUUGGCGUGACCAUGGUGCGGUGACGGGUGUGAAGAAUCAAGGUAACUGCGGUUCCUGCUGGGCAUUCAGUGCGAUCGGUAACAUCGAAGGGUUGCACCAGAUCAAGACGAAGAAACUCGAAGCGUACUCAGAGCAGGAGCUAAUCGACUGUGACACCGUCGACAAUGGUUGCAACGGAGGCUACAUGGACGAUGCGUUCAAGGCAAUCGAGAAGCUGGGUGGCCUGGAGCUCGAGGAUGAAUACCCAUACCAGGCGAAGGCGCAGAAAACGUGCCACUUCAAUAAAACGCUCAGUCACGUGCGCGUCAAGGGUGCUGUCGAUAUGCCAAAGAACGAAACCUUCAUCGCCCAGUACCUGAUUGAAAACGGUCCGAUCGCGAUCGGAUUGAACGCGAACGCAAUGCAGUUCUACCGGGGCGGUAUCUCGCACCCGUGGCAUCUGCUGUGUAGCCACAAGCAGAUCGAUCAUGGUGUGCUGAUCGUCGGGUAUGGCGUCAAGGAGUACCCGCUGUUCAACAAGACGCUUCCAUACUGGACCAUCAAGAACUCGUGGGGCCCGAAAUGGGGCGAACAGGGUUACUACCGUAUCUACCGUGGCGAUAACUCAUGCGGAGUCAGCGAAAUGGCGUCAUCCGCCAUUCUUGAGUAGGGUGGGAGGUGUGUUGGAUGGAUGUCUAGCCGUCGAUCGAUUUAUCGAUCGAUUGGUUUACGAUCGCACCAAUGCACUGUUAACUUUAAGAAGAAUGUUUUUGUGUUUAUUCAUCAUUUUGUAAUACUCUAAUUUGAUAAUAUGUCUAUUGACCGAUCUUCCUGCUCGUUUUCUUAUACUCGGCCUGGUGUGCGGCCUCAAUGAAAAGGAAAUAAAAAUGAAUAUCCAUUGCGUCUUCCAAUAUUACCCUCCGAACAAACACCUUUCCAAGGAC